AUGCACCAGAUAAAUGUCCAGCCUCUUGAGACAGGGUUUGAGGAUGAGCUCUGCGAACGGCGCCGAUUAGAAGACGCACUGGACGAUGUGGGCGUACAGUUUGAGAAAAAGUUCCACUUUCAGCCUAUGCCAGAAGAAUCGGUGCUUCCGCCACUGGACAGUGUGUUUCAAACUCCGCCAGGCCGUUCGAACCAUCUGCAGGCGCAAAAGAUCCAUCUGAACGACAUCAAGAACCGUCUGAACGAUUUCGCAAUCGAAAGCUGGCACGAGCACACACGCCGACGGUGCUCAUCGGCUCCGAUACUGUACGAAUUAAAGUCGUAUGUACGGGCCGAGUUUGUAACGCAAGCGUUCGCUAAACUGUACGAGUGUUUGGUGGCCUACGAGCUGGUGGCCAGGGAAUCGGGCGACCACCUUUACAGUGUGCACUUGUGCGAAGCUCCGGGAGCGUUUGUGACCGCCCUAAAUCACUAUAUCCGGCUCAACUGUUCGCCGGGAACACGAUGGGAAUGGUUCGCCAGCACACUCAACCCGUACUACGAGGGCAACUCUCCCGGUCAUAUGAUCCCCGAUGAUCGUUUCAUUCGACACACGCUCGACUCUUGGUGCUUCGGAGUCGACGGAACUGGCAACAUAAUGGAGCGUGAAAAUCGCAAUGCCAUCAUCGAGCGCAGCCGUAAAUGGCCAACGGUACACCUCGUGACGGCUGAUGGUUCCAUCGAUUGUCUGGACGUGCCCGCGGAACAAGAGGAACGUGUUGCGAGGCUACAUCUCGCCGAAACCGUGACGGCACUCGACAUGCUCGGCCCGGGGGGACACUUUGUGCUGAAAAUGUUCACUCUCUUCGAACAUUCGAGCAUUAAUUUACUGUUUCUGCUGUACCACUGCUUCAAGGAAUUGCACGUUUUUAAACCAUGCACCUCGAAAGCGGGUAACUCGGAAGUGUACGUAAUCGCCAAAUACUACCGCAAACCGGCCGGUAUCGAGCCGUAUCUUGGCAGAAUCAACGAUUACUUGCAAUGCGAUGAUCCUGCCGAUAUCCGUAUGAGCCUAUUUGACAUUGGCGACUUGCCGGAAUCGUUUGUUGAACAGCUCAGCAAGUGUUCGGCCGGCUACGUUCGCUGGCAGACGGACGUGAUCCGGAACAAUAUUCGCUUCUACGGCUCCACUAACGACGAACCCCACGAGAACGAAAGACUGACAGCAUUUAAGCAAAAGACCAAGGAAAUGUUUUUCAAGCGCUAUCGCAUCACAAAGAUACUCGCCAACGAACGGAUCGUUAACGUACGCGGUGGCUACUUUGGUAUACUCGCCCACCAGGAAGAAUGCCACGGUACGCACAAUCAGCGUGUGCGAGCGUCAACGUUGGACGUUCGGGAAAAAAUUCUCUCACUGCGCGGUCGGCUCGAUCAUCUCACACUCACACGUCGAGUGAUCAGACCGGAAGCCCAGUUUGAUGGGUUCCCUGCAUCGGCCGGUAGCCGCCCGUGGUGGGAGGAAGUAGCCAUUAGCGUCGGUAAAACGGUGGAGAGGGUGGAAAAUUCAACAUUCACUCUCAUUAGCUGCCUGCGGCUGCUGAACGCUACCACCGAUCUGUAUCUCACCAUUAAGAACGACAACUGCGACAGCCCCAUUCUGCACAGUGCCGAUACAAUCACCGUCAACGUUCUUGCAUACCCGUAUCAAACGAACGCCGAUCGGUUCGAAAAACACCUCUUUUACCAGAUCUUGCGUAAAACUAGGGAGCUUGUGCAGACACGAUCGGCUUGUCCAUCGCUCGAUCUGCAAGUGGUGUUGGAAAACUGGCUCUUCCUGACGCAGUUCAGUGUCGGGAUGCUGUAUCUGCUGAAGUUGUAUGUGUUCGAGACGAUUGAACAGCAAUCCGCUACGCGCCUGGUCCUCCGCCGACUGCGACCGGACGGUUUAUCAAACCUAUCAAGAAUCUAUGAAAAAGUGGACCUUUUGCCCUGCGCAGCGCCGCGAUCUGCGUCAUCGCUCCACGCAGCGCAACAAGACAAAUCGAUCAUUGGCGUGGUGCCAAUAUCUGCAUUGCUCGAUGAAGAUUUGCAGUUCGCAGUGUUCAAUUACAACAACUCCCUGUGUUUGCUUUACUGCGCUCAGCUGCUGGACGAGACGGAGAAAGCUUACCAAAAAAGAAAGGAAUUGAUGACAGGAUGGGAACUAUCGUGUGGUAUCGUAUUGUGA